AUGUUUGUGUUGUCUGAUGGGGCGAGGGUGUACAUCCACUAUGGGACAACUACAGAACCUUCCCCCAAUGAUCUGCUGUGCCUGAAUGAACCACUUCUGGACCACAGACAGGGCCAGCACUUCCUAACCCAGGCUUUUAAAGUCAUCAUGGAAGAGGUGCUGUGUAAGGGCACAGACAUCAAUGAGAAGGUGUGUGAGUGGCGGGACCCGGAGGAGUUGGCUGCUCUGCUGGAUCUGGAGCUGAGAGAGAACGGGGAGUCCCAGCACCAGCUGCUGCAGAGAGUACGGGACGUAGCCAAGACCAAUCAUCCGCGUUUCUUCAAUCAGCUCUUUGCAGGGGUGGAUUACCAUGCCUUGACAGGACGAUUCUUUACAGAGGCUCUCAACACUAGCCAGUAUACCUAUGAGGUAACUCCAGUGUUUGUCCUGAUGGAAGACGAGGUCCUCGCCAAACUACGUUCUCUGUUUGGGUGGACAGAGGGAGAUGGCAUCUUCUGCCCAGGCGGCUCUGUGUCUAACAUGUAUGCCAUGAACGUGGCACGAUACCACACCUUCCCAGAAGUGAAACUAAAGGGACUGUGGGCCCUCCCUCCACUGGCUGUCUUCACAUCUCAAGAGGUAGGGGAAAACGGACACUAUGGUUGA